AUGGCCAAGGCACGUACUAAGAAGCGCACCCAUGUCAAGGUGCCAAAUGGCCCUACCAAUGGCAAAGGUAGCGCCUCGUCCAUGAAUAAGACUCCGAAGUCUAUGGUUAUCCGCGUUGGAGGUUCUCGAGUCGGUACCAGUGUCAGCCAGCUGGUAAAGGAUGUCCGGUUGAUGAUGGAGCCAGACACAGCAGUGAGGUUAAAGGAACGUAAAACAAACAGAUUGAGGGAUUUCACCACGAUGGCUGGACCUCUCGGUGUCACCCAUCUUCUUCUAUUUUCGAAGUCUGCCACCGGAAACACAAACAUGCGUUUAGCCCUUACACCGCGUGGGCCUACACUCAACUUCAAGGUCGAGAACUACUCCCUGUGUCGAGACGUCGAGAAGGCAUUGAAGCGCCCAAGAGGUGGUGGUCAGGAUCAUAAAACACCGCCGCUGCUAGUAAUGAAUAACUUCUCGACCCCGGAUUCAGACGAGAACUCGAAAGUCCCCAAACGCCUGGAGAGCCUUACAACCACCAUCUUCCAAUCCCUUUUCCCGCCCAUUAACCCCCAAGCUACUCCUCUUUCCUCGAUUCGCCGCGUAAUGCUUCUCAACCGAGAACCUGCUUCUGGGUCUGAUGAAGAGGGCUCCUACAUCCUGAAUCUAAGACAUUACGCGAUCUCGACAAAGAAAACAGGAAUCUCGAAGCGAAUCCGUCGUCUAGAUCCCAAAGAAAUCCGAAAUCGCGAAAACAACAAGUCGGCUGUUCCUAAUCUCGGAAAGUUAGAGGAUGCCGCGGACUAUCUGCUUGACCCUUCGGCUGCGGGUUACACCUCCGCCAGUGAGACGGAACUCGACACAGACGCUGAAGUUGAGGUCGCAGGAACCACGACACGGAAGGUUCUGACCAAGCGCGAGAUGCAGCGGAUGAAGUCUGGUGAAAAGGUUCAGAAGAAAAUGAACGCUCCCGAAGUCGAGAAACGGGCAGUCAAACUGGUUGAAUUGGGUCCACGGAUGAAGCUCCGCCUUAUCAAGGUCGAGGAAGGCGUCUGCGAAGGAAGAGUUAUGUGGCACGAUUAUAUUCAUAAAUCUGAAAAGGAGGUGAAUCAGUUGGACAAGAACUGGGAUAAAAAGAAGAAAGAGAAGGAGGAAAGAAAGAAGCUCCAGAAGCAGAAUGUUGAGAAAAAGAAGCAGGAAAAGGCAAAAGCUCGAGCUGAGGGCAAGGAAGUCGAGGACGACGAGGAUGAUGAGGAUGUUGAUAUGGAUGAAGAGUGGCUCAGUGAUGAUUUUGAUGAAGAUGGCGCAGAAGAGGAGAGUGACGAAUCUAUGGAUGAAUAAGUGAAUCAAGACAUUUCCCAAGCGAAUUUCCGACGAGGCUACGCCUAUCCGUCCCAAGUUUGCGACAAGCCCGGAUGCUUUGCCAAUGCUGUUGGCUCAUGUCCUUGUCUACCACGCAAGUCUCUUUGUGAAGCCAGCGCCACGGUCGACAUGACGGAUCUCUUCAAGC